AUAACUGAACCCACAAAAAGCACAGGCAGCUAGGCGUACGCAUAUUGAGCCGUAAAACGACGCGGCCUCCUCACCGAUCGACAUCCCUUAUCGUACCUCGAGGGGGAUAAGUCGCCGGAAAGGAGGAGAGGCACCAAGGUCGGAGGCACUUGCUAGGAAAGUUGUUUUCUAACAUUUGACUGCUUGCCAAGCGGUCAUCAACGUCUAGCGAGUACUCUCCGACAGAUCACUUCGAAGAACGUAGGCGUGACGGUGCUGCAGUAUUGCACGAGACACGUUUCGGCGGCCAGGAAAUGAACAAGGGCAAAGUCGGCAUUAUCGGCAGUGGCCUCAUUGGCCGAAGUUGGGCAAUGCUAUUUGCUGGCGCCGGUUACACCGUGGACCUCUUCGAUGUAGACGACAAGAAAGUGGACGAGGCACUCAGCGACAUCGAGGCUCAGCUUGUCAACCUCGAAAAGAAGGGCCUGCUGCGCGGAACGCUGACCUCGAAGCAGCAGCACCAGCUAAUCAAGAAGUGCUCUACCAUGGCCGAGUGCCUCAAAGGCGCUAUUCAUGUGCAGGAAUGUGUCUUCGAGAAUGUAGAACUCAAACAAAAAGUUUUUCUGGAAAUGGACAAGCUGGUGGACGACCACACCGUACUUUGCAGCUCAACAAGCUGCUUUCCUCCAUCAGCAUUCACCAAAGAGAUGAAGCACAGGAGCCAGGCCAUCGUUGGCCAUCCGGUGAAUCCCCCUUACUAUGUCCCACUGGUGGAAAUAGUGCCAGCUCCUUGGACUAGCCCUGACGUUGCCAUCAGGACUCGUGCCCUGAUGAAGGAGAUUGGCCAGAAGCCAGUGUUACUGAAGAAAGAAGUGGAAGGCUUUGUGCUCAACCGAAUUCAGUAUGCCAUCCUAAAUGAAUGCUGGAGACUCAUUCAGGAUGGCGUCGUGGACACUGCCGAUAUGGACACCGUGAUGUCAGAAGGACUUGGCAUGCGCUAUGCAUUUCUUGGGCCCCUGGAGACUGCACACCUUAAUGCCGAGGGGAUGCUGGAGUAUGCCGAGAAGUAUGCAAAAGGCAUUGUGAAAGUGUCCAAGACCUUUGGCCCAGUGCCUACCUACGAUGGCCCAACCCUCACCAAGGUGAAUGCGGAGUUACUGCAGAAAGUGCCCCUCAAGGACCUCCAGAAGAGGCGCCAGUGGAGAGACACAAAGCUGGCUGAACUUGCUAAACUCAAGAAGCAGCCCUAAGCACAUUUACAGCCCUUCAGUUCCUUUGUGCAAAAAACGUGGUGUGAAUUCGCCACUAUUAGGCAUAGUUCAAAGAAAUAUUUUUCAACAUCCUUGUGAAUUUCUUGACAUGAAGACAUGCAAGCUGCAAAUUUAUUUGCUGUCAAACCCACUUAUAACAAUACUGGUUUUAAUACAUUGAAUAUAACAAAUGAGCAGCCAAUGCGCUGUGAAGUUUUGAAUGUGUUCUAUGGUAAAAUAAACUGCUUGCUACAAUGCUCUCAUGCCGGCACGACCAGUUGCAACAAUUACAUGUGCAUACUCGGUGUGCUCGCCAAAAAGGAAAAGAAUGCAAUAUCCUUGGAAAAAAAUAACUCCAGUCCCACCUUAUCACUGACGAAGGCAAGAGACCCAAGAUGGUGUGCCGUGUGGGGGUGCACUGCACGAAGGCAGGUGCGGUGAAGCAGCUCGAGUUUCUUGCAUGUUCUAGAUUUUGCAUUUUCUUUUCGGCACAACACCCAGUAGCCAGAUUUAUUGUCAUAGCCAAUAAUAGGGCAUUGGAAAAUUGCAGUAAGCCGUGUAUUUUACUAUAGAACACACACAAAAGUUCACAGUUCAGCAGCUGUUAAUUGUUACAUCAGCAUAUUGUUAAAACCAGUAAUCUAUAAGUAGGUUUGUUGUACUUCUAAUUAUGUUUGUCCCAUCUGCUUGGUUAUAACAAUGAUAACUUCUUGGUACUUGAUUACUGUUACAAGUGACUGUAGCACUAAGACACCGAGUGAUUUUAUGCCACAAAUGUUGCAUUAAAACUGACACCCCAACUCAGAACUUUAGGUGCCAAUUUACUACACCUGAAGAUGUUUGUGUACGUAUGUCUUCUGAGCACACAUAGCAAGGGAACAGGUUUCUGGCACUUAAAAACACGGCGAGGGCAUGCAUAGGAGGGGCGUUCACCCUAUGGCACAAAGAUUCUAGGAUUACACUGAGAUAAUGUGUUAGAAAUAUUGAUAGUCCCAACAUGCAAUGGGUUCGAGUGAAUAAAUCCACAUGCAAUAAUGUGCGUUGGUGAGCUG